CCUCAAACAUCCAAAAUCUCAAAUUCUCUACUUUUAAAACUUGUUUCAACUCAUUUAUUCUCAUUUUAACUCAGUGCAACUCCUUAUUUCAACACAUUACAACAACUCUCAAACUUCUGAAUUUGAAAAUAUGGAUAACAACAGAAACAGAAUUAUACUACGCAUGCCAAGCCAAACUACUUCUACUCGGUGUGAGAAAGCUGAGCAGGCUUCAUUUUCUGGGGCUGUUUUCAAUUUGUCAACCACAGUUAUUGGUGCUGGAAUCAUGGGCUUGGCUGCUUGCGUCAAGAAGUUGGGGAUGGUGCCCGGUCUUCUUGCCAUAAUCUUAACAGCAUUAUUGACAGGGAAGUCAAUUGAGUUCAUGAUCAGAUUUUCAAGGGCAGGAAAUAUUUCUUCCUAUGGAAGUCUGAUGGGGGAUGCCUUUGGUAAAUACGGGAAAGUACUGAUAGAAGCAUGUGUUGUAGUCGCUAAUGUUGGUAUUCUAAUUGUUUACAUGAUUAUUAUUGGUGAUGUUAUUUCUGGAACUGCCUCAAGUGAAAUUCAUCAUUCUGGUAUCCUUGAAGGAUGGUUUGGUGUCCAUUGGUGGACCGGGCGUACUUUUGUUCUUGUUUUCACAACACUUGCUGUGUUUGCACCUUUGGUCAGCCUUAAGCGAAUUGAUUCAUUGAGAUUCACAUCUGCAUUGUCAAUUGGAUUAGCAGUUGUUUUCCUUAUCAUUGCUGUGGGGAUCUCAAUUUUCAAGAUUAUAAGUGGAGGCAUUGGGAUGCCAAGACUCUUUCCAAUCAUUACUGAUGUAGCUUCUGUUUUUGAUCUAUUCACUGUAACCCCUGUGGUAAUGUCAGCCUACAUCUGUCACUAUAAUGUUCAUAACAUAGAUAAUGAACUGGAGGAUUCCUCAUGGAUGCCUGGGGUUGUUCGCACUUCCCUUACACUAUGCUCUUCAGUGUACGUACUGACAAGCUUCUUUACGUUCCUUCUAUUUGGGGAAGAAACUCUUGAUGACGUGCUAGCCAAUUUUGAUACUAUUCUUGGAAUUCCUUUUGGUUCUGUGCUCAACGACAUUGUUCGUAUUAGCUAUGCUGCACAUCUUGUGCUUGUAUUUCCUGUAGUUUUCUACGGAUUAAGGGUCAACAUAGAUGGUCUGAUAUUUACCUCCUCAAGAAGGCCUUUGGUUGCCGAUAACUUCAGAUUUGCAUCAAUUACUAUUGGCCUUGUUGUCUCUAUCUUCCUCGGAGCAAAUUACGUACCUAGCAUUUGGGAUAUUUUCCAGUUCACUGGAGCAACAGCUGCGGCUUGUGUAGGAUUCAUAUGUCCAGCUGCAAUCACUCUUAGGGAUAAAUACAACAUAGCAACUAAAACAGACAGGAUUCUGGCUGUCCUUAUGAUAAUCCUUGCAGUCUUGUCAAAUGCUGUGGCUAUAUACAGUGAUGCCAUUGCCUUGAUCAAGAAGAAUAAAACUUAAGGUGAAUUAUUUCUUGAUUUGAUAGUUCACAUUACAGGUAUUUUAAUGCUCUCAGAUGAAAGGAACAUAUCAGUCUUUUUUCUUAUAAGGUCUAAUGGGUUUACUUUCAUAUAAAGAAACUACCAUGUCCACUUGAUUGAAAGAGACAGAAGAAAUAAAUAAAAACUUAAACCCGUAUAUUUAUACGGUGUUUGAGAA